GUGUUAUCAUGGUUUUGUUUUUGAUGAUCUUUACCGCGCAGUUUCUGCUGAAAUAACUCCUCUGGUUUGAAGAAGAUGGGCAGGAAAGUGACUCUAGCCGUGGCUGCACUCAACCAAUGGGUACUCGACUUCUCUGGGAACCUGCAAAGAAUACUAGACAGUAUCAAGAUAGCCAAAGAGAGGGGGGCUUGCUAUAGAUUAGGCCCUGAGCUAGAGAUCACUGGAUACGGCUGUGGUGAUCAUUUCCUGGAGGGGGACACUCUACUUCACUCAUGGGAAGUAUUGACAGAGCUACUCAAGUCACCCCUCACUAAUGACAUACUCUGUGAUGUUGGAAUGCCCGUGAUGCACAAGAAUGUUCGCUACAAUUGUCGAGUGAUAUUCUACAAUAGUGAGAUAUUGCUCAUUCGUCCAAAGAUGGAUCUUGCUAUUGAGGGUAACUAUCGAGAGAUGAGGUGGUUCUGUCCCUGGAAGAAAACAAGGGAGACGGAAGAGUUCUACGUUCCUCCAAUGGUUGCCACGGUGACUGGGCAACGUACAGUACCAUUUGGUGAUGGUGUAGUAGCGACUCCGCACACGUCCUUUGGUUGGGAGACAUGUCAGGAGCUGUGGUCCCCCAUCAGCCCACACACAGCACUGGGUCUGGAUGGAGUGGAGAUCAUCUGUAAUGCUAGUGGCAGUCAUCAUGAGCUCAGGAAGUUGCACAAGAGAGUGGACCUCAUACGCUCAGCCACCACCAAGGUGGGCGGAGUCUAUCUAUACUCUAAUCUGAUUGGCUGCGAUGGAGAGAGGGUGUACUAUGAUGGUUCCUGUAUGAUAGCUCUCAAUGGAGAGGUGUUAGCUCAAGGCUCUCAGUUCUCAUUGGACGAAGUGGAAGUCAUCACGGCAACAGUUGAUCUUGAUGAUGUCACCUCGUAUAGAGGAGCCAACCUUCCGCUAGCAAUGCAGGUGUGUCAGAGUGAGGCUUAUCCUCGCAGCUUCCUAGAUGUUAACCUUGUGUACAAGGACCCACUGACGAUUGCUACCACUACGCCCGUGCAUGUUCACUACCAUAUGCCAGAAGAGGAGAUAAGUCUGGGCCCUGCUUGCUGGCUGUGGGACUACCUGAGACGCAGUGGUAUGGCUGGAUACUUCCUGCCCCUCAGUGGAGGUAUAGACAGUUCCUCCACUGCCACUCUGGUGGGCUCCAUGUGUAACCUGCUGAGUCAGGCCGUCAACAAGGGCAAUCAGUGUGUGAUGGAGGAGCUACGUCGUGUGCUUAAGCUGUCCCCUAAUAGUACACUACCCAACACAUCUCAUGAAUUAGCCAGGCGGCUAUUCACCACGUGCUAUAUGGGGUCUGCCAACUCUUCCCUUGAGACUAGACAGAGAGCAGAGGCUCUGGCUGGUCAGAUUGGCUCCCAUCACCUCUACAUUGAUAUAGACACUGCAGUAGAUGCUAACUUGGCAAUCUUCUCACAAGUGAGUGGUAGGAUGCCAAAGUUCAAGGUUCAUGGUGGUAGCAGUACUGAGAACCUUGCUCUACAGAAUGUCCAGGCUAGGUGUAGAAUGGUCCUCUCCUACUUAAUGGCACAACUCUCCCCCUGGACACAAGGGCGUAGCGGUGGGUUGCUGGUGUUGGGGUCUGCCAACGUGGACGAAGCUUUGAGAGGCUACUUCACCAAGUAUGACUGCUCCAGUGCUGACAUCAAUCCUAUUGGUGGGAUCUCAAAGACUGACUUGCGCUCAUUCUGCAAGUACAUGGCACCUAUCUAUUCCGAGCUGCUCAAUGUUCUCAAGGCCAAGCCAACAGCAGAACUGGAGCCCAUUACUGGCGACUAUGUGCAGACAGAUGAGGUUGAUAUGGGCAUGACGUACGCUGAGCUCUCAGUGUUUGGUAGACUGAGGAAGGUCUACUUGUGUGGUCCUCUGAGCAUGUUCACUAAACUACUGCACAUGUGGAGGGACAAGACUCCCAAACAGAUUGCUGACAAGGUCAAGUUCUUCUUCCGCUGCUACUCACUCAACAGACACAAGCUCACGACACUCACUCCGUCCUAUCACGCUGAGUCUUAUAGUCCUGAUGACAAUCGGUUUGACCUCCGACCCUUCCUCUACAACACAGCCUGGAGGUGGCAGUUUGCAGCCAUUGAUAUCGAGGUUGGUAAGUUAGAGGGACGCUCGUACGGCAAGCAACAAGAUCGCUCUGAAGUCAGUCAUGAAGGCAACAAAGAUAGGCACGUCAACUCUUCUCCUACCGAAUCUACUGACAGUUCAAACCAAUUUGUAACAGCUGCUCCUCAUCAACCACUCUACCCCACCCUCUCCUCUGUCCAGACCACACCCACUUCCUCUAAAGAGCCGGCUGAAGGAGGGGUAGUUCCUGUGAGUGUUGUGUUGGAUGCGUACAAGCAAGGCAUGCAACGAGGUCUCGUGUUGGGAGCCUCUCCACAACCCACCAGUCUAGAGGACGCAUUGUCUCAAGAAUUUGCAACAUUUGUCACCUCUCUAGUUCAACAGAAACCAGGCCAACCCCCUCGUCAACAUACCCCCUCCCAUCAACCUGCCCCCUCCGAUCAACCAACCCCCCCAAAGCAUGCUUCCCCCACCGUGUCACUAGGCAAGCACUCCCUCUCUUCCAAGACACCACCUUCCACUAUCAAGAAGGGAAAACUGUCUCAUCUCUUACAACCUGAGCUGAGUAGACCAUCGAUAGCACGACCUGUUGCUAAGAAACACGCUCGCUCCUCCAGCCUCGGCUCAUCAGGACUAGCUGCCAUGUUAGCACAACCAGUGAAGAAGACACCACAGAAACAGAAACAGAAACAGUCAUGGCUAAUGAACUUAUUGCCUAGGUAGAUAUGCAGUAGGCUAGUAGCUGCAUGUGGACAACUGUUUUUAUUUAGUCAUGCUGUUGUUAUUUUACCACACUAUAACAUUGUGGGAUUGUGUAACCACA